AUGGCGUCCAACUCCGAGCUGCGGCGCUGGAUCAGCGACAACAGCAUGCGCUUCUUCGGUCUUUCGCAAUCCUCCAUUAUCGACUUUAUCCAGGUAUCAGCAUCUUCGGCAUCAACACCCACCGACCUGUUCCAGAGUCUUACUUCGCUCGGUCUGCCUUCCACCGAAGAGGCGCGCGGCUUUGCCAACGAGCUCUACAAACGUGUCCCUCGAGCCAGUCAGAGCACUUCUCGAGCUGCAGCUUCCACCUCGAAUGGCGAUGCCAAGGAUGAUGCGAAGCGCAGUAAGAAGCGAUACGGACUCUUGCUGGAUGAGGAGAAUGGGCAGGAAGAGCUCAGCAUCAAACCGGAAAGGAAGAAAAAGAAGAAGAGAGACAGCAGCGCGCCGCUCGAUCGAGACCCGCAGCCCAGAUCCAGGUCGCCCAGCAUUGACAACAGACGAAGCAGGUCUCCCAGUCCGCAUCGCGAUGCAUCCGGAUCAGACUCUGACUCCCGAGAGCGUUCUCGACUCAAAGAUCUCGCUGAACGAGACGAAUUCGCCAAACGUAUCCGCGACAAGGACAAGAGCAGCACGCGCAACGUCAUCGAAGACCGCACCUCGGCACGUCUCAACCCGGAAGCAGCAGCGCGGAGACUACUGGCCGACGACGACGACGCACGCUCCGCAGCCAUGCCCAGCCUUCGCGAUCGUUCGAGGCAAGAGUACCUUGCCAAACGUUCGCAGCAACGUAUGGAGCUGCUGCGCCUCGAGAUUCAGGACGAGGAGCGCUUCUUUCGCGGUCUCAAGAUGAGCAAGCGCGAGGAGCGAGAUCUCGCGUACAAGAAGGAGGUGCUGCGCCUGGCGGAGGAGAGGGCACGUAUAGAUGAUCGGGAUACCGGCUACGCCAUGCCCGAAGACUAUAUUACCGAAAAGGGAAAGCUCGACACGGCGAAGAAGGAGCAGGCGCUUUACCAGCGUUACAACGACGCACGCACCGAACGGCUCGCGCAGCAGUCGCACGUCACCGAUGCCGAACAGUUUGAAAAGGAGCAGAUCGAUCGAUCACGCUACGUCCCCGAGCCGGCGGCCAAUGAGGCAGCCAAGGAGCUCGUCGAACAAUACGACUAUGUCUUUGACGAAAGCCAGACGAUCCAAUUCGUCGUCGAGUCGCAGAUGGCCGGCACCUCCUCCAACGCCAUGAGCGCCAAGGACAAGCUGCUGCAACAGCAGAUCCAGGAAGCUGAGUCGAAAGCGGCCAAGAUCCAAGCCACGCGCGAAUCGUUGCCCGUCUAUGCUCUGCGGCAAGAGCUGCUCGAUGCGAUCGACGAGUAUCAGGUUCUCAUCGUGGUCGGCGAGACGGGCUCGGGAAAGACGACGCAGCUGCCGCAGUUCUUGCACGAAGCUGGGUACACCAAGGACGGCAAAAAGGUGGGAUGUACACAGCCGCGUCGUGUCGCUGCCAUGAGCGUCGCGGCGCGUGUGGCCGAGGAGAUGGGAGUGCGUCUGGGUCGAGAGUGCGGCUACAGCAUCCGGUUCGAGGACUGCACGUCGGACGACACGGUGAUCAAGUACAUGACCGACGGGAUGCUGCUGCGAGAGUUUCUGACCGAACCGGACUUGAGUUCAUAUUCGGCGCUCAUCAUCGACGAAGCGCACGAACGGACGCUCAGCACCGACGUGCUCUUCGGUCUGGUCAAGGACAUUGCUCGCUUUCGACCUGACCUCAAAUUGCUCAUCUCGAGCGCUACGUUGGAUGCAGAAAAGUUUUCCGAGUUUUUCGACGACGCACCUAUUUUCAAUGUGCCAGGACGAAGGUAUCCGGUCGACAUCCACUAUACACCGCAGCCCGAGGCCAACUAUCUGCACGCCGCCAUCACGACCAUCUUCCAGAUCCACACCACCCAGCCGCGCGGAGACAUCCUCGUCUUUCUGACUGGACAGGACGAGAUCGAUGCUGCCAUGGAGAAUCUGCAAGAAACGAGCCGUGCGUUGGGCAACAAGAUCGCCGAGCUGAUCGUGUGUCCGAUCUAUGCGAAUCUGCCGAGCGAGAUGCAGGCCAAGAUCUUUGAACCGACGCCCGAGGGUGCGAGGAAGGUGGUGCUGGCGACCAACAUUGCCGAGACGUCGAUCACGAUCGAUGGGGUGGUAUUUGUGAUCGAUCCCGGGUUUGUCAAGCAGAACUCGUACAAUCCGCGGACGGGUAUGUCGUCGCUGACGGUGGUGGCGUGUUCAAGGGCGUCGGCGAACCAGCGAGCGGGCAGAGCGGGUAGGGUGGGACCGGGCAAGUGUUUUAGACUGUUUACGAAAUGGGCGUUUCAGAACGAGAUGGACGAGAACACGACGCCGGAGAUCCAGAGGACGAAUCUGGCGAACGUGGUGCUGCUGCUCAAGUCAUUGGGCAUCAACGAUUUGCUCAACUUUGACUUUAUCGAUCCGCCUCCUUCGGAUACGCUGAUGCGGUCGUUCGAGCUGCUGUACGCGCUGGGAGCGCUGAACGACAAGGGCGAGCUGACGAAGCUGGGACGGAGGAUGGCCGAGUUCCCGGUGGAUCCGCAGCUGUCCAAGGCGAUCCUGGCGUCCGAGACGUACCGGUGUACGGAGGAGGUGCUUUCGAUCGUGUCGAUGCUGUCCGAGUCGUCUGCGCUAUUCUUCCGGCCGAAGGACAAGAAGAUGCACGCCGAUCGUGCACGUGCUGCUUUCGUGCGCACGGGAGGCGACCACUUCACGCUGCUCAACGUGUGGGAGCAGUGGGUGCAGAGCAACUACGACCAUCAGUUCUGCAUCGACAAUUUCGUCCAGCCCAAAGUGCUGGCGCGCGUCCGCGACGUUCGCGAUCAGCUGGCGCAGCUGUGCGAACGCGUCGAGCUGACGCCCGAGUCGAACGCGGAUCCGUCCGACAUUUCGGGGAUCCAACGAUCGAUCCUAGCGGGGUACUUUAUGAACACGGCCCGCAUCCAAAAGGGCGGCGAGGCGUACCGCGCCAUCAAGCAGAGCACCACGAUCCACGUGCAUCCGUCGAGCUGCCUGUACAAGCAGAUUCCGCAACCGCCGUUUCUGUGUUAUUUCGAGCUGGUGGAGACGAGCAAGAACUUCAUGCGGCAGGUGAUGCAGAUCCGGUCCGAGUGGCUGUUGGAGGUGGCUAAGCAUUACUUUACAAAGGAGGAGGUGGAGGAAGAGGGGAAGAGGAAGGUGUACAAGGGGCAUACGGCGAGCGCUGCUGAUUUGAAGGGUGCGGGGAGGAGGUGA